AAUGUAAAAAAAAAUAUUUUUUUAUAAAAAUUGUUUAAAUAUUGUUCCAUGAACCAUGAUGGAAUCCGUGAUCGAUCAAAACAUAACCUAUAAAUAAUUUUUACAAGUUUAUGGUUUGACUAGUGGAGUUUUAUCUUUGUAAAUAUUAAAAUUGUGUUAAAAUGGAAAAAAUUGCAGAGCUCAAGAAGGAUGUAUCAGAACUGGAAGGCUUCUUGAAUAAUGCUACCAGACAAAAAAGCAAAGAUAUUUUGAGUAUUGAAAUACGUAAAUUGAUAUCAGAAAUUUUAAAUGUAGAAGAAAAACUAAAGGCACAAAAGGACUCUGCUAAUAAUAUUGCUGCCACUACACCAACUAUCGGAGAUAACAAAAAUAAAAGAUAUGAAGUUAAAAUUAAUAAUUAUGCUUGGGAUCAGUCCGAUAGUUUUGUAAAGUUUUACAUAACAUUAAAGAAUGUACAAACUAUUCCUGCAGAAAAUGUUACCUGCGAAUUUAUUUCAAAAACAGUAAAUCUAUUCGUCAAAGACUUGGAAAAUAAAGACCACACAUGGCAAAUCAAAAAUUUAUUAAAAGAGAUUGAUCCCCAAAAGAGUUCUUGGAAAAUUAAAACUGAUAUGGUUAUAAUAAGUGUUGCUAAAAAGUCACAAGAUAACUGGUCUCAUCUUACUGAAUGGGAUAAGAAAGCUAGUGAGAAUAAAGCGCCCAAAUUUGACACUGAAAAAAUGGAUCCUUCAGAAGGUCUAAUGUCACUCAUGAAAAAUAUGUAUGAAACUGGGGAUGAUGAAAUGAAAAGGACUAUUGCAAAGGCUUGGACAGAAAGUCAACAAAAGAAAGGAGGCGAUUUUUCUUUAAAUAUGUAGAAAUUUUUAAGUUAAUUUUGUAAGGCUACCUAUAUGACUUAAUGGUUAUAUACAUAUUUUUUUUUUUUAUUAAAACUUUGGGUUCAUGUUCAAUAUAUUUUUAUUUUAAAAACAUUAACGUAAAUAGCAGCAAUUAUUUUGAAUGUUUUAGUAUAAUAGAAUAAAAAAAAAAAUAGUUAA